AACACACAGACACACACACCACUUUCUCUUUAUCUCUCUCUCUUUAUUUUGCCGGCGAACAUGGAUAAAGGCUUCUCUCCCGUCGGUCUAAGAGUUCUUGUGGUUGAUGACGACCCAACAUGGCUCAAGAUUCUUGAGAAAAUGCUAAAGAAGUGCUCUUACGAAGUCACUACAUGUGGGUUAGCUAGAGAAGCUCUGAGGCUGCUGCGGGAGCGUAAGGACGGAUAUGAUAUCGUGAUCAGCGACGUCAACAUGCCUGACAUGGACGGCUUCAAGCUCCUUGAGCACGUUGGCCUUGAGUUGGACCUCCCUGUCAUAAUGAUGUCAGUGGACGGUGAGACGAAAAGAGUGAUGAAAGGUGUGCAGCACGGAGCGUGUGAUUACCUGUUGAAGCCGAUAAGGAUGAAGGAGCUGAAGAUCAUAUGGCAGCAUGUUCUGAGAAAGAAGCUUCAAGAAGUGAAAGACAUCGAAGGCUGCUAUGAUGGAGGAGCUAAUUGGUUCACCGGAAACGAUGAGACGCAUUAUCUUGGAGGAGGUGAAGAUGUUUCUUUUGGGAAAAAGAGGAAAGAGUUUGACUUUGAGAAGAAGCUUCUUCUUCAGGAUGAGAGUGACCCAUCAUCAUCAUCAUCUUCCUCCAAGAAAGCCAGAGUUGUUUGGUCUUUUGAGCUUCAUCAGAAGUUUGUCAACGCUGUUAACCAGAUCGGUUGCGAUCACAAAGCUGGUCCAAAGAAGAUAUUGGACCUCAUGAAUGUUCCAUGGCUCACUAGGGAAAACGUUGCUAGCCACCUCCAGAAGUACAGGCUUUACCUGAGCAGAUUGGAGAAAGGAAAGGAGCUAAAGUGUUAUUCUGGUGGAGUAAAGAAUAUGGAUUCACCUCCAAAAGAUUCCGAAUUUACUUCACGCCACCAAAGCCCUGGCAAGAACAACAGCUAUGCAUUCUCUGGAGGCAGUUAUAAAGCAGAGAGUGAUCCAAAGCAACUUGCUGCAUCUUCAGUGUCUGACCCCAGCAGUGAUGUUCAUACGCCUCCUCCAAAAGCGAAAAAGACGCGUAUAGAAUUUGAUCCUCCCAUUUCUUCAAGUUGUGCGUUUGACUCUCUCCUUCCCUGGGAAGAUGUUCCAGACCCACUUGAAUCAAAGCACCAGAUUCUGUAUCAGAGCAGCUUUCUCCAGCAACAACCAUUGUUACCAAGUCAAACUCCCUUUGUCAUGGAAAAGGAAAUGAAGCCUUCUUAUGAGACUUGUGUGAAUGCGGAUGAGUUUCUCAUGCCACAAGAUGAGAACUCUACUGUGAUCCUUCAAGAUCUACACUUGUGUGCUCCUCCCUCUGCCAUGAAGCUGCAGGAGUCAAGCUCAAAUGUAACCAACGAUACAGAGUCGAUUCUGAGAAGCUUGAACUGGGAACUUCCAGAAUCAAAUCAUUCUGGUUUUAUAGACACUGACUUAGACUUCAGUUGGCUUCACAACGAGCAUUUUCUUGCAAACACCUCCGGGAACUUCCAAAACUUCCAGUUUCAAGAUUACAGUUGUAGCCCAUCUCUCCCAUCCGAGCUCCCACCUCACCUUUGGUUUGGAAAUGACCCUGACGAGUAUACCCUCAUGGUAGACCAUGGUUUAUUCAUAUCUUGAACUUGCUCCAUUAACUUCUUUCCCUAUAUUGGUCGGUGUUUUGCAUAAAGAUUUUGUGGGUAUACCUGAAAAUAAUCUUGCUUUACCAAGAACUUUCCAUGAUCGAAUGCAUGUACAAUAAUCCAUGA